AUCAAAAUUCUCACACAUCACUAUCUGGCUUUUAGAAAUUAACAACUUAAGAAAACUAUGGCCAGUAUUGGAAUUGAUUUUGGAACGUCUUUUUGCUGCGUUGCUACUUGUAUUGAUGGCAAAGUAGAAGUCAUAUCGAAUGAACUCGACAGUCGACUGACACCUUCAUAUGUCGCCUUUACUGAAGAUGAAAGGUUGUUCGGAGAUUCAGCGCAAAACCAAGCUCCAGUUAAUCUAAAGAAUACUGUAUAUCAAAUUAAACGUCUCAUAGGUCGAACGAACGAUGACGAAGCUGUACAAAAAUAUAAGCAAUAUUGGGGCUUUGAUGUCGACGUGAAGGACAAUCAUCUUCAAAUACCGAUAACCUUCAGAAAUAAGAAAUAUCGUCUCCGACCUGAACAAAUCGCAGCGAUGCUAUUCGAGCAAAUGAAACAGAUAGCUGAAGAAUAUAUUAACAAAAAUGUCGAAAACGCCUGCAUAUCAGUUCCUGUGUGUUAUUAUGAGCAACAACGCAAUGCAAUCCGGGACGCAGGAUUCAUAGCGGGAUUCAAGGAUGUCAGAUUGAUAGACGAACCUAUGGCUGCAGCAAGGGCAUUUGCAGAGAAUCGUAAUAUGUCUGACAGACAUAACGUUCUGAUAUUCGACAUUGGAGGAGGGAAAUUUGAUGCGGCCAUUUACGUUAUUGAAGGAAGCAAUGUCGUUCAGAUUUUGACCGCACACGGAAAUCCUAAUUUUGGAGGCAAGAAGAUAGAUUUUGAUGUUUGA